CACCUGUCAACCAGAUGUUCGGGUGGCUUCAAUGGGGAUAUAUUGAAGAUAAUGAUGAUGAUGACAUGUGUCACAGUGAUAUCUCAUUAAAGCUAAUGAGGGAAACGACAAGCUUUUCAUCCUUCUAUAAAUGUACAAAAAUGUCGGCAACGUUUAGCACGCAAGAGUGUGGAAUUUUCCCGCCACUCGUCUGCUAA